GUUUGCUAGGGACAUUUUAUCUCAACACUUGAAAACUCUUAACAAAUAUUCUACAAUUAUUGAUGUCCGACUAGUCAGCGAGCGAUUCAUACGGACAGCUUAGAUCCCAUGUAGUUAUCGUUGGUCUGAUCUCGAUGAACUGAACUUCUGCUUCUAAGACAGUUUUUUUUUUCGGCAAAAGUACAUAUUUGAAUGGUGACGAGAUGAGGAGAGUUGUCCACGGACUUCUGUUGUUCUCUGCAGCGCUUCUGCUUCAAAAUGCAUGUGGUCAAGGUACGACACCAGCUCCUAAGCGACCGAUUCCUCCACCGCCCCCUCCCCCACCCCCAAAUAUGCCGCCCAUGUUUCGGAACAGAACUGAUCCGCUGACGACUGCCGCCCCCACCAGAGAUCCAAUGGACCUCAUCAACCGAGGAGCAAUUGAACUCAAACUUGACAUUGAAUACUCCCUGUUCAUGACGGACAAUGAGAGGGACAAGUUCAAGGGCACGAUGGCUGCCACCUGCAACCAUUACUGCGCAACUAAAGGAAAAUGCCUCAUUAUUCCAGGGACAGCAGAUGCGGAUGAUGUGUCGGUGUAUAAAACUCGGGCUCUUUCAGAGAUGAAGCGGACGGCUGCGUCUUUCUACAUCAUAAACCCUUACGACAGUACAAGUCUCACCAUGACAUCAGAACAGCUCAUGAACAUGAUUACUACAGAGCGAAAGGCAAUUGAGGCGGAUCUGGGAUACAGACUUGAUCUGGACGAUCUAGGUGUUCCGACCAAACCCGCAGACCCCGGUCCAGUCUUGGAAUGGUGGGCUAUCACAUUGAUUUCUGUAAGCGGGGUGUUGAUACUCGCCGUUGUAGUCGCUACUGUGUAUGUACUCAUCAAGGGGAAAAAGAGCAACAAGAGCGACCUAAUGGAGAUGUACGAUGAAAACCGAAAAGAGAGUUUCAAGCAAAUGACGGACUACGCCAACCCGCAAGAAGGUGACGUAGAAGCCAACGUCGAUAUAGACGUGACGGAUGGCGACAUGUCGGAUAGCGACGACACCUGAGUGAGAUUUGUACUAAAUGGAAUUUGAGCAGUGACCAACUCGGCUGAAGAUUCUGUGGAAUGUGGCUCUGGAUAAAGCAAGCAUUUGCAGCUUCUGAAUUUUAUUUGUUGAAGAAAAUAGUCUUGAAUCUUUGAAAUUCUGGCAAAAUCAUUUUAACUAGCAGGAUUUUUCCAUAGCACGUAGAUGAGUUGGAGGCUUCUUACCGUAAAAGAACUAAUCAUAUUUGGCUGUCUUUUCAGUCUGAAUCUUAAAACAGCGUUUUAUAUCAUUACAUCACGUCUUUGCUUAGAAUGGACAAUUUAACCUCCAAGAUAAUGUUCAAAAUCGUAAACCUUUCGGAAUAAAGGACUUUUUAGUAUAAUCAGGGUACUCAUUAAUGGUGCUGGUCUGCAGGAAUUUCAAUUUCAGGCAUCACGCGUACAUAAAGAAAGAAUAUAUAACCUAUUUGGGCAACUCUUUUGACUUAAAAUUCUGAUGUCUUUCCUUGUACAUUGGGCAUUUUCUAUCUGGUUUACCAAUGAAGCACUCCAGCCUUUUGUCUCUUUAAUCUCAAAAAACUGUGUGUGAAAACCUAGGACCAAUAUCAUCGGCAGGAUUUGGGGCAUUACGUUUCGGGAACGUUUGACGCGAGUGAUUGUUUGGCUCUCCGUAUUGUUGAACAUGGAUACAAACAUUCAAAGAUUAAGCCUGAAAAGGUAUCAAUUCAAAACAAAGCUCGAAUCAAUCUGGAUUUAACAACUAUCCAUGGGUACAUCACUGCUGUUUUACACUGUAACUUGAAACCACCGAUCAAUGUAGCUCUUAACUGCAAUCUUGUAUCAUUUUAGAAAACUUGCAGACUUUGCAGUUCUGGAUUGUUUCCUCUUACAAUUUAGAACGUGUUUUCAUACUUCAUCUUUUCCAAGUUUCUUCACAGAAAUAAAACAUUGAGAACACAACAUUGACAAAAAGAA